GAGGGAGCGAGGGAGAGCGGAGAUCGAGAGCAAAGAGCGAGAGCGAGGGAGAGGAGAGAGAGGGAGGAGAGAAAGACACACGCAAGCACAGGCACCCUGGCACUGGAAUUCCAUUAGAAAAAAGUGAACGGAGCAAGGCUUAGCGGGAGAAGAUUUUUUUUGAAUCCUUUUCUUCGUCUUGGUGCCAAAGAAGCGACUCUGGUCUCCUGUCCUAGAAGCUCUUACUGGAUUGCUCCUUAUCCGUCGGUGGAUUUCUUUCCUAUUUGCAUUUAUUUUGACCUCCUCCCUUGCUGCCUUCUCCCAGCCCUUCACUUUCAGAUCUCCUCGCCCCCACCUCUCUAGUCCCCUCCUGGGAAGUGCAGGGAAAUUGGACCCACGGGGACUCACGCCUUCCCGGACGCGGGAAGGGCUGGGCUGACCUCAGGACCAAGGCUGUUGGCUUAGAAGGCAGCCAGACACAUAGCUACGUGUGUUUGAUUUCAGUGGCAAGGGGGGGACGUCGAAAGGCAGCCCACCGCCCGCCUCCUACCCCACCCCCUCCAGCCAACAGCGAGAAUCCCUGGACUGAGGAUCUUCAUUCGGCGGCCCGGCGGGAUCUCCGCAUUGGAUUUGGGGGUCAUUAUUAUUGCUUGGCUGUUAUUAUUAUCGUUGUUAUUUUAUUUUUAUUUUUUAAGCCUAAGGGAGAAAGACACACACAAACACAUACACACAAACUGGGAUUUAUUUAACAUGAUCUUGGCAAACGCCUUCUGCCUCUUCUUCUUUUUAGACGAAACCCUCCGCUCUUUGGCCAGCCCUUCCUCCCUGCAGGGCUCUGAGCUCCACGGCUGGCGUCCCCAAGUGGACUGUGUCCGGGCCAAUGAGCUCUGUGCGGCUGAAUCCAACUGCAGCUCCAGGUACCGCACCCUUCGGCAGUGUCUGGCGGGCCGGGAUCGCAAUACCAUGCUGGCCAAUAAGGAGUGCCAGGCGGCCCUGGAGGUCUUGCAGGAAAGCCCACUGUAUGACUGCCGCUGCAAGCGGGGCAUGAAGAAAGAGUUGCAGUGUCUGCAGAUCUACUGGAGCAUCCAUCUGGGGCUGACCGAGGGUGAGGAGUUCUACGAAGCUUCCCCCUAUGAGCCUGUGACCUCACGCCUCUCGGACAUCUUCAGGCUUGCUUCAAUCUUCUCAGGGACAGGGGCAGACCCUGCGGUCAGUGCCAAGAGCAACCACUGCCUGGAUGCCGCCAAGGCCUGCAACCUGAAUGACAACUGCAAGAAGCUUCGCUCCUCCUACAUCUCCAUCUGCAACCGUGAGAUCUCGCCCACCGAACGCUGCAACCGCCGCAAGUGCCACAAGGCCCUGCGCCAGUUCUUUGACCGUGUGCCCAGCGAGUACACCUACCGCAUGCUCUUCUGCUCCUGUCAGGACCAGGCAUGUGCUGAGCGUCGCCGCCAAACCAUCCUGCCCAGCUGCUCCUAUGAGGACAAGGAGAAGCCCAAUUGCCUGGAUCUGCGCAGCCUGUGCCGUACAGACCACCUGUGCCGGUCCCGCCUGGCAGACUUCCACGCCAAUUGUCGAGCCUCCUACCGGACACUCACCAGCUGCCCUUCGGACAACUACCAGGCGUGUCUGGGCUCCUAUGCUGGCAUGAUUGGGUUUGAUAUGACGCCCAACUAUGUGGACUCCAACCCGACUGGCAUCGUGGUGUCUCCCUGGUGCAAUUGUCGUGGUAGUGGGAACAUGGAAGAAGAGUGUGAGAAGUUCCUCAGGGACUUUACAGAAAACCCAUGCCUCCGAAAUGCCAUUCAGGCCUUUGGCAAUGGCACAGAUGUGAACAUGUCUCCCAAAGGCCCCUCAUUUCCAGCUACCCAGGCCCCCCGGGUGGAAAAGACACCUUCAUUGCCAGAUGACCUCAGUGACAGCACCAGCCUGGGGACCAGUGUCAUUACCACCUGCACGUCUAUCCAGGAGCAAGGACUAAAGGCCAACAACUCCAAAGAGUUAAGCAUGUGCUUCGCAGAGCUCACAACGAACAUCAGCCCAGGGAGUAAAAAGGUCAUCAGACUUAACUCAGGCUCCAGCAGAUCCAGACUGUCGGCUGCCUUGACCGCCCUCCUACUCCUGAUGCUGACCUUGGCCUUGUAGGCCACUGGAACCCAGCACAAAAGUUCUUCAAGCAACCCAGAUGUGAACUCCCGCCUGACAAAAUGGAAACACACACACAUACACACACACACACU